AAAGGGUACCAGAUUCUAGCUGAUCUUGGAAGCUAAGCAUGGUCAGCCCUGGUUAGUGCUUGGAUGGGAGACUGCCAAUGAAUAUCAAGGCUGUAGGCAACGUUUCAGAGGAACAAACUGGCAAAACCAUCUCUGAGUAUUCCUUGCCUAGGAAAACCCUAUAAAAUUCAUGGGGUCCACACACACCAACAGGCCACUUGAAGGCACAUCCAUAUACAUAAUGGAGAACAUUACUAAAUGUUGGAUUCAGUGUGGGGUGCACAUGUGUCCUGUUUGUUUGUUUUAACAAACAGUACCAGCAAGGUGUUGUCGAAGGCUUUAAUCGCUGGGAUCACAGCGUUGUUGUACGUCUUUUGGGCUGUGUGGCCAUGUUCCAGAAGUAUUUUCUCCUGACGUUUCGCCCACAUCUAUGGCAGGCAUCCUCAGAGGUUGUGAGGUAUGGACCAGCAAGAGUGGUGAUUCAUGAUUAAAGUACAGGUUGCGUGUCCCUUAUCUAAAUGCUUGGGACCAGAAAUGCUUUUAGAAUCCCCAUGUCCAUAAUGAAAUAUCUUGGAGAUGAAAUCCAAGUCUGAACAUAAAAUUCAUUUAGUGUUUCUUAUGCAUAUAUCCUGAAGGUAAUUUUAUAUGCAGUAUUUUAAAUAAUUGUGUGAUUCAAACAAUGUUUGUGUACAGUGAACCAUCAAAAAGUAAAGGCGUCACUGUCUCAGCCACCCAUAACAACUAUUUUGGAUUUUGGAGUAUUUCCGAUUUUGGAAUUUCAGAUAAGGGAUGUGUAACCUGUAUCUGUAUAUUUCUACUGUAUAGUUUAAUGGAAGAGGGACUGAGAGACUGCUGUGUUUGCUCCUCACAUAUCAUAAAGGGAAAGGCUUUAUUUGGUGUGUGAUCUUUCUUUUAGUUUGUGGUAGCACAUUUUUGUUUGGGAUUGGCAUUCAGAAUGUAAGUGUGCUGUCCUGAUAUAAAAAGAUUUUUAGUAUGUUGGUGGCUAUUUGGCAAAGGUUAAUUGCUGUUUCUUUUAAAUACAGAGCCUAAAUCUAAAUAGCUAGUCCCAACUACCAGGAAUUUGAUCAAGUACAUUUAAUUGAUUCAGUGAAUCUAAUCCGGUUGAGGCUAACAAUCAGAUCUAAAUUUCCAGAUGAAAUUAAGUAUUAAUCUGGACAUUUUUUUUCCUAAAUGGGUCAUAAAACUAUUGACACAAGUUGUAUAUGCAAAUAUUAGACAUAUGCAGGAAAGAUGCCAGUCUCUGACAGUCUGCACAGCCCCAGUACUGUUUCAUGUGUUCCUUUUUAGCUUGAAAAUACACGUUUUACUAUGCUGCUUUGCCCCUUGUUUGUUGACUAAAAUCUGGAUCAAGUGGGACAGUCAAUCUUUGUGAAGUGUUUACUUUUCUUGGGGACACGUUUUCUUUUUUUCUUUUCUUUUUUUUAAUGUUUUUGUUGGACUUUAUAUUCAUAAUCAUAACAGUAGUACAGUAGAGUCUCACUUAUCCAACGUUCUGGAUUAUCCAAUGCAUUUUUAUAGUCAAUGUUUUCAAUACAUCGUGAUAUUUUGGUGCUAAAUUCAUAAAUACAGUAAUUACUACAUAGCAUUACUGCGUAUUGAACUACUUUUUCUGUCAAAUUUGUUGUAUAACAUGAUGUUUUGGUGCUUAAUUUGUAAAAUCAUAACCUAAUUUGAUGUUUAAUAGGUUUUUCCUUAGUCUCUCCUUAUUAUCCAACAUAUUCGCUUAUCCAACGUUCUGCCGGCCCGUUUACAUUGGAUAAGCGAGACUCUACUGUACUUCCCUUCCUUUAACAUUUGUCUUCUAAAUCAUUUUUCCCCUCCCACCCUCCCCCACCCUCUCUCCUCAACCACAGUAUAUUUCUACUAACCUUGCAGGUCCAGUCACAGAUAAAGUCUUUGGGGACAUGUUUUCAAAUCAUUCUUUCAGUUGUUACAAAUAGGGUUUUCAUUUAAUUCUGUUUUGAUGGUGGUGGAUCUUGUUGUGUGUUUUAAUGAUGUUCUUUUUUUCACUACUGUGAGCUUAUUUUUUCCCCGUAUCAAGGAGCGACUUGAGAAACUGCAAGUUGCUUCUGGUGUGAGAGAAUUGGCCGUCUGCAAGGACGUUGCCCAGGGGAUGCCUGGAUGUUUGCUGUGAGCUGCCUUGAGUCCCUUCAUUGAUAGAAUGAUGGGGUGGACAUUGAUCCUAUGACGCAUGCCCGGAAGAAACAGCUCUUACUUCUGAAACACUCAGCUGGUUCUGCGGGCCAAGCUUUGUCACCGAUUGACUGUGAGAGAAUGGAUAGGACUGAGGCGGAGGAUAGUGAGCAAGGAAAUGGCACUGAGGGGCAAAACUGCCAGAGCAGAUUUGCAGGCGUGAAUAAAAGCAGGAUUUCACAGGAACUCAGAAAGACGUACCCAUUGAGGAAACGUCUCAGCUCAUCUGUGGAUAAAAAAACAUGCUCAGUGCUCCUCACUAGACUGGAGGAUGUUGCCACAUCGUUGUCAGAAGGAACUCAUGGCGGGAUGAAAAGAGGUCUUGCCCAUUGUAUGGAUGACCUCAGGUCUGUCUGCUUUCCAAAACCAGUUCAGGUGGUGGCUGCAGGGAAACCAGAUUCCUCUGGAGGAAAAUGCACAAUAUCCUGUCCAGGAACGGAGCAAGAGGGGCACAGUGCUUGUCUGUCAGAACCAAGGAAACGAAGGCUAGCCUCCCUGAAUGCCGAAGCUGUCAACAACCUGCUUUUCGAACGGGAUGACAGCUUAUCCAGCAGGCGUUUUCGCAAGGAUGCCUCCAAAGUCGGUGGAGUUUGUUGCACUAAGAGCACAUGUUACAACUCUCAGGGGACUUGGCCCCUGACGGAAAAACAGAGCUCUAAAACAGUGAAGGGAAAGAACCAAAACAGAUUGGGACCGAAGUCUGCUCCUGGCGACCAGUCAUUGGAUGAUGUCUUUGAAGGAAAGAGGCCGGAGGAUGGUGGGAUUUCCUACCACCCGGCUCCAAAAAGACUGGCCAGUCUCAAUGCUGCUGCAUUUCUGAAACUGACUCAUGAAAAAGACCAACCGCUAAAGUCGCGGAGUAAAUCAACUGGAGAAAGCAAGCCUGAGAACCACAGUUCCAAAUCAAAGCUCAAGUGGGCCAAAGCCAACGGGAAAAGCUGUGUUAAACCCAAAAAGGAAAUGUCCACUAUAAAUACAGAUGGUCAGCACAGCUGGCAAGGAGUCCCUGAGGGUUCAUUCAGAAAAGUAACCCAUCAGGAUCCUCCUAGAAUCUAUGGAAAAACGGAAUCUAUCAAUUAUGAACCUAACUCUUGUGAAGGCACAGAGGGCUUCUUUCACCGGCUGCCUUUGCUAAUGGGUGGGCAAGCAUCCAUGAAGCCUGAAUAUGGAAGGCCUGGAGAGAAAUCUCCAACUCCCAAACAGGAAUUUCAUCAGCCUUCCUUCCCAGUACCUCAGUUCCAUCCUUUGCCUGUGCCGGGAAACCAUCCAGAUUGUGGCUGUCUCUAUGAAUCGUCGGACUUGACACCAUUGAAUGGAUUUUAUGUUUAUUAUGGCCAAAGUGGAUACAAUACUUACACUCAUUGCUCAGUUUACCCCAAGGAUGAGCUGUCCCAGGCAACGGGCUGUGAGGGGCUCUUGGUAUCUCAAGGUUCCUUACCAUCGGACCCUUCGUUUCAGCCCUUUCACUGGUGUAACUCUCCAUACUGUUGUGGGGAAGGACCGGCAAUUAAUAGUUACAGCCUGUGUGGAGUUAUGCAUGUACCAGAAAGCAGAAUUGGUGGUGUACAUACAGGGCGGAAUGGCUACCCUUAUAAGAUGCCUUUUGCAGCAGACAGCUGCAAGUCUCUGGACCAGCUGAGCCUAACAAUCCCUGUGGCAGGGCACCCUGUUUCUCCUGCCCACCCACUCUCAGGAUGUCCGGUACCCAGUGUGCCACCAGCUGCAGAACCCGUUCCUCACUUGCAGACGCCCAACUCAGAGCCCCAGACGAUGGCCCGCGAAUGCCCACAGAGCUCCAAGCCUCCCAGCGGCUCUAAAUCCGGCCUCCGGAACACAACCAGCUGUUUACAUGUAUCUGACAGCAAAUCGGCUGGGGCCCACUCUCAUCCAAAGCAGCAACGCAUUAACCGGAGGAGAGCCACAAAUGGCUGGAUUCCUAUUGGUGCAGCCUCUGAGAAGGCGGUGUAUGUGGUGAAUGAACCGGAGCCAGCUGUUCGCAAGAGCUACCAGGCGGUGGAGAGAGAUGGUGAGAUCAUCCGGGUCCGAGACACAGUCCUCUUGAAAUCAGGACCACGAAAGAAAUCGAUGCCUUACGUGGCAAAGAUAUCUGCCCUUUGGGAAGACCCCAAAACAGGGGAACUGAUGAUGAGCCUCCUGUGGUAUUACAGACCAGAGCACACUCAGGGAGGCCGCAACCCUAGCAUGCAUCAGAAUGAGAUCUUUGCAUCCCGACAUCAGGACGAAAACAGUGUUGCCUGCAUUGAGGAGAAGUGCUAUGUUCUGACCUUUGCAGAGUACUGCAGAUUUUGUGCCUUGGCAAAGCGUCGAGUUGAGGGGAUCCCAGGCAAGAAAACCAUGAUGGUUCCUCCCUCAGAAGAGUAUUCAACCCCUCCUCAUCGCAAGGUGCCAGAGGACACCGACCCGGAGCUGGUUUUCCUCUGCCGUCAUGUCUAUGACUUCAGACAUGGGCGCAUCUUGAAGAAUCCCCAAUAACGGAGCCCAGCAACUGUGGGGUUUAACAAGUGGCAAAAGAGGGCCAAGGGCAGACUGACCUCAUUCCCAGUGCAUGCUCCCAACCUUUGCGGAGCAGUGCCCAUAGGCACAGAGCAGAAUGCCUAAGCACCCGAUUCUCUGCAUUUGGGAACAGAUUUCCUGUUCAGGCAGAUGUUCAAAGCACAGCACUUCAUAUAAAGAGCAUAAAUGGAAAUAUAUAUCUGUAGAGAAACGUGUGUGUAUAUAGAUAUAGGUGCUCGCUUCUGUAAUCUAUAUCUAUAUGUACAAUGAUUUUCAUAUAUGGGGAGGAAAGGCGUGAGCUGGGCCAAGGGAUAAAAGCCAGUAAACUGAAUCCAGAGUCAAGCCAGUCUUGGUGGGGAUGGUUAGAACAGACGGGAAAGUGCGGUGCCCCUGAUAUAAUCCCUGUGACAUCUCCUUGAGCUUUGAAGCAAACCCGUAUUCUGGAGACGUUAAUGUCCUUGGUAUCCUUUUCACAUGCUGACUACAUUUCUCUUUGCAAGCAAAAGAAGGAUCGCAAACCAAGUAUGGUUGUCUAGUCAGACUAGGGUAUUCUAGCUUCUCUGAAGUGGGAAAGAUAUGAUAGGGGAUCACUCACUGUUGUGGGAAAGUUGAAUAUCUUUGUAAGACUGUGAUCCUAAGCCACUUGCUUAGUGGGAGUUUCUGUUGAGAUCAGUGGAGAAUACUUUGAAGUAAAUGUGAUUCAGAUGAGGAUAUGUGAAAGAAGGCCCAUCUUUAACGACCACACUUCUUCUUGUGUGUGUGGUGGGUGGUGCACCUGAAAAGCUCUCAGAAUAUGAGAGAAGUGACAGCUGCUACAAUACUGAUCUCUCUCCUCCACAAGUCUGGGGAGACGUCCCUUCUGCUGAUAAAAAUAGUUUAUAUUCUCCCCCCCCCCAAUUCCAUUUCCUUCAUUCUCAUUUGCAGUCCUUGUAGAACCCAGACUUGCACACUCCAGGGUACUGGGGAAGGCUAGAAACCAGAGUUAAAAGAAAUGACAAGGUACUGCUUGAGCUGCAUUUUCUCAAACAGGUAUCUUAACCUGACCGGCUUAACCUGGUAGGCUGUUACCUGUCUACCUCUCUUCUCUCCCGGCACCUCCGCUCCCUCGAAUCUCAAACACUGACAUCCAAGCAUGCCCGCCAAGGCGAGACUCUGGCUCCCAAGUGAGAGGUUUUACAUUUUGAGAAACUGCUACCUGAUUCCUAUGGAUACUUCUGCCUCUUGCCUUACAUGUAUAGCUGUUAGAAAUACUUUAGUUUAGCUUUGACACAAAGCUAUUUCAGUUAAUUCUAAAGCAAACCAAAGGACAGCAUAAGAAGAAUCCACCGAAUCAGUCACACAAAGCUGGGAUUCCGUUUGUAGAUUGCACUAAUUCCGAAGAAGUAAGAAUCAACACUGUAUCAGUUCAUGUACCUGCUGACGGCCAGAGUCGCUCACCUGAACUAGGGACCUGCUUGCGGUGGGUGGGUGGAGGGAGGGGUGUUCCGAACUAGUGUUAAAUGAUAAUAGAAGUGUUCCUACGGCUUUAAUAUUGUUGUCUUUUACGAGUAGAAGUAGCACUACCUGUACUUGCCCACAGGCUAGAUCUGAGAGGUUUUCCACCUGCGCUCUGUAUCCGCCUGUCUGGCCUGGAGAAAGUAGCCCCCUCCCACAUUCAGUUCCUUGUGAGUGUGUGCUGUGUGUAUGUGUGUGUCAACACAAACAGUCCCUACAGAUUUGCUCUGCAUACCAAAGAGGGGAGAGUGAUGGGGAGAUAGAGAAAACGGAGAGGUCAGAGCUGCAAGGCUUGGGAAGGAGGUGAUUCCUUCAGUGGUCAAGCUGGAAAGUAUUCAUUCUCGCUCCCACCCUGAUUCAGAGCAAGAACCCAUGGUUUGACCGUGGUUCCUAGUGCCAAAUGUGGUGCCGUGAUUUGUCAUAACUAUGGCUUGGGCACAUAGAGGGGCCUCUCAAAAGUAAACUUGUGCUGGAAAGCACACCUUGUUUUAUAGCACAGGAGUGGAACGGCAGUUUCCCUAUGACUUUUCACUCAGAGCAUCAUGGAGGCUGGGCUGGGCUGGGCUGAGCUGGUUGGGGAAAACCCUUUGCUUGGUGGAAAGGGAGAACUGGCAUCACUCUUGGCCGUCUAAGGGUAAGCGGGAGUGAGUUGGGAGCAAUAUUGUGGGUUCUGUAACUACUGCCUGUUCUUCCAUUCCUCCUCUCCCCGUUGAGGAGGGAAUUCUCGAGAAAAACAAGCAACUGGAAUAGGAAAUGUUCCUAUAAAUGAUAUGGGUAAAAGAGUGUGUGUUAGGAGGUGGAGAGUCUGAUCUAUGCAGAUUCAGAUUUGGGGUCCCAUUUGUGCUGUGACUGGAUGGGGUGGGGGAGCAAGGGAAGAAAUGGUAGAUAUCCUCUUUUAUGAAAAGAGGGUGAUGUUCACGGUGUGGAGACAGGAAUCCUCAAAUUAUUUAAUCCAGAUUCAAAAUUCAGGAUGCCUCUGCCUUUCCUGUUAGAGUUUGGAAACUUCAAACUUCAGAAACCAGAGCAACUUCCUUAAACAAAAAUUCCGAUUUCUACUGCUUCCUCCUCCACCUUUCUCCGGACUCCUCUCCAGGCAGUGGGUUGAAAGGAAAGCCAGCCUCCCCAAGGCAAGAAAGGACUCUGCCUGGGUUCUGGGGUCGGCCGGGGUCCGUGCCCCACUGUCUGGAAAGGCGAAAUCCCAGCCCUUCUCUGAUUCUGAUAAAGUCCAAAUCUACUUCAGGCCAAGAAAUAUUGUUUAAAGACUUGUGUGGUUGUUUUUAUGCUGUUUUGCGGACAGCAUGUAAAUGAUUUGAAAUGUCUUAUCUGAAAUGAAAAUAUUUCAUGCUUUUUUAAUCUAUUAGAUAUGGAAAUAUUUUUGAAACUGAAAAUGCAGUCCGUAGAAUUUAAAUUGAAAUGUAAUACAUGUAAAAUAUAUUUUAGUUGAUAAUUUUGUAAAAUGCACUUUUUUGUGUCUCUUCCCUUUGUUUCCCAGAUCUGUAUUUCAGUGUUUACAGAUGGAAUGAGAACAUUCCCUAUACCCUCCUUCUGUGAAAAAGAUAUAUUAGAAGUAAUUCUUAAAAAUAAAUUUGAGAAAUUGUAUUGAUUUAGAAAACAA